UGGAACACCUUGGGGACAGCGGGGGCGGGGUCACCGGGGCUGCAGAUCGGAGCGGGGACACCCCAGGAGACAGGGGUCCAGGCGAGACCCCAGAGGGCAGCGAGGCGCAGACGCGCUCCCUCCGCCCCGACCCUCCCCAGCAAGGUUUACUAUAACAUAUCCUCUCGUGCUUUUUCCCUGCCCCUUCUCCCCAAAUCGCUAGCAAUAGAAAAAGGACGAAAGUAUGGCAGGACAAAAAUGUGGUUAUUCCUGGGACUUACAGGAUCGGUAUGCUCAAGACAAGUCGGUUGUCAAUAAAAUGCAACAGAAGUAUUGGGAAACCAAGCAGGCCUUCAUUAAAGCCACGGGGAAGAAGGAAGAUGAACAUGUUGUUGCCUCGGAUGCAGACCUGGAUGCCAAGCUAGAGCUGUUUCACUCCAUCCAGAGAACCUGUUUGGACUUGUCUAAAGCAAUUGUACUUUAUCAAAAGAGGAUAUGUUUCUUGUCUCAAGAAGAAAAUGAACUGGGAAAAUUUCUCCGGUCCCAAGGCUUCCAAGAUAAAACCAGAGCAGGAAAAAUGAUGCAAGCGACAGGGAAGGCACUCUGCUUUUCCUCCCAGCAAAGGUUGGCUUUGCGCAAUCCUUUGUGCAGAUUUCACCAGGAGGUGGAGACGUUUCGGCAUAGAGCCAUCUCAGACACGUGGCUGACGGUGAACCGCAUGGAGCAGUGCCGGACAGAAUACCGAGGGGCGCUGUUAUGGAUGAAGGAUGUGUCUCAGGAGCUCGAUCCAGACCUCUACAAGCAAAUGGAGAAGUUUAGAAAGGUACAGACGCAAGUACGCCUUGCAAAAAAAAACUUUGACAAACUGAAGAUGGAUGUGUGUCAAAAAGUAGAUCUUCUCGGAGCAAGCAGAUGCAAUCUCCUGUCUCACAUGCUAGCGACCUAUCAGACCACACUGCUCCAUUUCUGGGAAAAAACAUCUCACACUAUGGCUGCCAUCCACGAGAGCUUCAAAGGCUAUCAGCCGUAUGAGUUCACCACGCUAAAGAGCUUACAAGACCCUAUGAAAAAGCUGGUUGAGAAAGAAGAGAAGAAGAAGAAGAAGAUGACCCAGCAGGAUAGCAUAGAGGCAGCAGGCCAGGAGCCAAGUCAAUUAAUUUCAUUAGAAGAUGAAAACCAGUGCAAGGAAUCCUCCAGUUUUAAUACUGAAGAUGGAAAAAGUAUUUUAUCUGCUUUAGACAAAAGCUAUACCCAGAAUGCAUGCUCAGGACCUAUGGAUGAACUGUUAGACGUGAAACCUGAAGAAGGUGCUUGCCUGGGCCCAAUGGCUGAGACCCCAGAACCCGACAGCGCUGACAAGGAUGACCUGGUGCUGUUGAACGAGAUCUUCAAUGCGUCCUCCCUGGAAGAGGGCGAGUUCAGCAAAGAAUGGGCAGCUGUGUUCGGAGACAGCCGGCUAAAGGAGCCAGCGCCGACCGGUGCCCUGGGAGAGCCAGACGCCAAGUUCCAGACGGGCUCCGGAUUCCUCCCUUCGCAGCUUUUAGAACAAAACAUGAAAGACUUACAAGCCUCCCUACAAGGCUGGUCAGAGAGCAGUGUCAGUUCUCCUCCUACUCCUUGGUCAGCACCACAGGCAAGCAGCCCAAGCGACAACAGCCCUGUGCUGAAAGAGCCAGCCAAGGCUGCCUCGGACCUGACUGCCUGGUUCAGCCUCUUUGCUGACCUCGACCCCUUAUCAAAUCCUGAUGCUGUUGGGAAAACCGAUAAAGAACACGAAUUGCUCAAUGCAUGAGUCUGCAGCCUUCGGAGGGAGGCUUCCGCCUCCCAGCACCGCCCUGGGGCAGGCAGAAGUGUCACGUGAUCAGUAUGCUCUUUUAAUAUUUACGUGCCAUUUUAAUAAAGUGAAAGGGUCAAAGGCCCUUAUAUUGGUUUGAUCACUCUUA